AUGAACAAAGCAUUAAAUAAUGCAAAAAUGUAUAUCUUUUUUGAACCUAUUUUAAAGUUUCUUCAGAUAACAAAUAGAUUUACUGCAAACUAUGCAAGCCUUCAAAUAAAACUUAUAAAAGAAGCUUUGGCAUUAGAAGUAGAACCUUACAGUAUUCAUAAUGAUAAUAAAGUAAGAAAGUUGACUGAAUUUCUUGUUUAUUAG